UGUACAUGAUAAUAUUAUUAUUUUUCAUAUUUACAAACAACAAAACAAUCGUAGUUUAUCGAAUAUAAUAAAUAAAUCACGACAAUUUUUAACAAUCGUAACGAGUUAUCAAUAUUCGUUAUUUGAAAGUGAAGUGAGGAAGUCAAACAUCGGCUUGGUUACAUCGCUUGUUGAGCCAUUUUCAAAGCAAUCUAAUAUUACAAUGUCACAUCAGAAAGCAACCGCUUGCGACGCAACAGAGGAUCCCGAUGAACUCUCUCUUUUGAUCAAAGUUGAAAAAACUGAAUUACACGAUCCAAAUAACUUUACAGACGAUACUUUUGAAAAAAGUCAGAGUUUGCCACCGGAGGAGAAAGAUAAUACAGACACGAUUAGUACCAGCGCAGUUCAAAAGCGAAAAAGAGAGAGACGAACAUACUGUGCAAUUGCGUGGGAAUAUUUGAAACUUAUCAAUGGAAGAUACCAUUGUAGUAUUGAUCCAUAUAGUGGAUGCACCUAUCUUCAGAAAACGAGUUUGGACUUGGGAAAUUUCAUAAGACAUUUUCGUACUAUGCAUCCAGAACAGGCCCAUGAAAAAGGGCUUAUGGUGGAUUCUAAUUUGCCAUUCAAGAAAAAAAGAGUGAUAGCGAAGCGGUCUAUUGCUAUUGACAUGCAGAGUGUUCUAGAGGCAUGCAUAAAGCUGGUCACCUGCCACAAUCUUCCUUUGCGUUGUUUCGAGUGGACGGGUCUUCGUCUACUAUUGGAUCCUAUUAACGCGGCACUCGGUUCGCCAGUCAAUUCCUCAAACAUUGCGGAAUACCUUCACGCAGCUGCAAUGAGAGUUAUUGGUCGGUUAAAAAAAUCAAUGAUGAACAAAUUGGUUUCUAUCAAAAUCGAUUCAGUUUCACGGCAGGGUCGGCACGUGCUGAUCGUGAACGCCCAGUAUGAGUUUAAUCGUGAAGCCGUGUUUCAUACCUUAGGUACAAUUGAGGUAGGAGAAAACCCAACAGCUAAAUAUUUAAAAUGCAAAGUGGCGAAAAUUCUCCGCAAAUACGAGUUGACAAAUGAUCAGAUAUUCUUAGUAAUAUCCGACAACGGAGCCAACAUGGUUACAGGAGCGAAAAAAAUGCAAAGAAUAUUUGCUGAGACAAUGCUCUCCAAUGAACUGGUCAACGAGAAUGAAGUUAGUGACCCAUCCAAAGAAGAAGAGCUUCUGGAAGCACUAUCGGCGGAAUUAAAGGAGCAGUAUGAAGUAGUUCGCGGUACUGUACACACACUCCAACUUGCGCUAGACGAUGUCAUACAAGACUCGAAUCCGAGCAUUAUUGAAAUAACAAACUUCACAAAAAUGGUGAGGAACGUUAAAUAUAGACAAUUUUUCUGCAUAAAUAAGGCAACAUAUCCUUUGUUGUUAUUGCCUGGCAGAUGGAGUGGCAAAUUCGAAAUGAUUCAAAGUAUUGUGAAACAAAGAACGUUUUUCGCAUCUUUGGGUGAGCAGUUUCCCGAACUUGCAUUGGCGGAUGAUAUUUGGCAGUUUUUGUUAGAGUACGAAGCAGCAUUUGAGCCAGUGCACAAGGUGAUGGAAUUGAUGCAAAAGGAACAUCACACAUUUUCGGAUUUUUACAUGCAAUGGCUGGUCGCUAUCAAAGAUAUACGCGCAUUACCGAACAAUAGGUUUUCGAAACAGUUGGUGGAAUCUCUUACUAAACGAUUGGGUAGCUUAAAGCAUAACAUCAUAUUCAAGUCAGCACUUUACUUUGAUCCCCGAUUCAACUACUUGAACUCGGCUGUGUUCACAGCGGAUGAAAAAGUGGAUAUACAGAACUAUAUAAUUAGCAUCUGGAAUCGAAUCGGCAACAUUGUGCCAUCGGGUUCCUCUAAGGAUACCACGACAACAGAACCAGCGGCGACGGCUUGCAAUGACGAUAUGGACAAUUUUCUGACGGAAAUGUUUGGCGGAACACUGACACCAUCAAACUCGAAAAGCGUCGAAACUCCGGUUUUGCAACAGAUCAAGGUACUAGAGAUUGAACCCCGUCAACCUCACAAUCAUGACGUAUGGAAACACUGGGUUCAACGUGUCGGCAGUCAUCCCGAGCUGUUUGCCGUGGCUAUGGUUUUAUUAGCCAUACCAUCGAAUCAAAUUUCGGUCGAGAAAGCGUUCAGUACCUUAGCCGUGGUACUGUCCGAUCUAGGAGAUGGAAUCACAGAGCAGACACUAGAGGACAUUCUUAUCAUUAAGCUGAAUCCGAGUAUUUUUGAAACGGUUGUUCCAACGCUGGACGAUAUUCGACAGAAACCUCAGAAUUCAUGAAAUUGAUGACAUCAGGACGAGAUUCUAGGGAUUUUAACAAAAAAGACGGAAUCUAUUUUUAAAACAUAGUGUAAAUACUGUUAUAUUCAUAGUUAGGCGGCGACAAUCGGACGUUAUUCAGCUUCGGGAAGAGUACAGUUUUAGGGACCAAUCAUAAAUUACGUAACGCAAUUUGUCAUUAAAUCUUUUUACCUCUCCUCCCGUAGUACGCAAAAAAAAAUAUUUUUUAAAUAUUUUUUCUUCGGUAAAAACAUGUCACGUUCUUGUUUAUACUCCCAUUUCCAUGUACACUCCCUACGCUUCCCUAAAAGCAUUAUGAUCUAGGGUCUCUUUGUGUAACAAUAAAAUCACGUUAGGUGAAUGUAAAAACUGGUUCGCAACAUUGACAAUGGAAGGGUUCUGUAAGAGUUUGACCAAUUGCAUGCACAUGUGCCAGUUUUAGGAUGCUGUCUCCGCCUAACAAUGAAUAUAACGAAAAUAGAAAAAAUGUCAGAAUAAAUAGCUAUUCUCUUUCGUUUAAGGUUGCACAGAGAAUGCGCAAAAUUCGCAAACGAAAAAAGCAGUUUUUUUCCACACCGUAUGUCAGAUCUUCAUAAAAAUCAAUCAGCAGUACUGUAACAACAUUCUACACACGCUGAUUGAUUUUUAUGAAGAUCUGACAUACGGUGUGGAAAAAACUGCUUUUUUCGUUUGCGAAUUUUGCGCAUUCUCCGUGCAACCUUAACGCCUUAGUGAAUCGUUUUAAAAAAGAAAAAAAUAAAAAAGGUA